UGCUCUGCUGCCGUCCUUACCUCUGUCCUCUGCCUUCCUCCAUCACUGGUGACUUGCCUGUGGCUUCCAAGCCCCGGCAUCCCCCACGUCCAUGACCUGCUGGGGCAGGCUCCAUUGCUGUGUCCUACACUCGGGUGUGAGGCGCUGUGGUCGUGCCUCCACGGGAGGCGUAGAAGGUCUCUCUCCCAUGCAGGUUUGCCUGGUCUCAGGGCUGCUUUAACCCUAGAACCGCAUUUCUGAUCUUUCCUCUGAGGGCUUUGUGGGUGCCCUGGGAGGGGAACCCAUGGGUCAAAGGCUUUUGAUUUAAACAAAGUUAAACAAGUUUCUGUAUUUUAGGAGUGCUCAUACACCCUACCACGCCAAUGCACAUUAAAAGCCCAGCUGCCAUAGAGUUGAUUCCGACUCCUGGUGACCCCAGGUGUCAGAGUAGAGCUGCUCCGUAGGGUUUUCAAUGGCUGGGUUUUGGGAAGUAGAUCACCAGGACUUUCUUCUGAGGCACCUGGGGGUGGACUUGAACCUCCAACCUUUCAGUUAGCAGUCGAGCGUGUUAACCAUUUUUACCACCAAAAUCCUUAAAGGGGGCAUGUGGAAGGAGGGUUUCCUGCUUCGUCUUGAGUUGCUGACUCCUGUCUUGUGUCUGGUCUAGAGUUCUCUCCGGGCCCCGGGUCUGCCUUGGAUCCGGCUCCUGAACACUCCCUGGCUCCCAGCUGCCUGCCUGGUCCCCACCCGCUUUUCUGCUUAGAGGUCUGCCUACCUCUCUGCAGGAUUUCUGUGGAUAUUCAGUCUUCCUUUCCCUUUUAUUUCCAUUUUCUCAUGUAAUAAUUUUAUCCUGACAAACUGUAAGUAUUUUUGAGUCACCUCACAUCCCGUUUGGGUUUGUAUGUGUGUUUAAAAUUCAGUUAUUUCUAGUAAAUUUAUUCCCGUGUGUGACUAUCACCACAAUCCAGCUUCAGAACAUUUCCAUCACCCCAGAAAGUGCAGGAUGAAGAUUCGCCAUGGGGAAAUACAGGUGGGCGGGGACGCAGUCAGAUGGGGUAAUCCCAGCUCCCGUGAGCCUGGGGGCUGCACCACUGUGCCUCCUCCUCCUUAAGCUGGUCGCGAUUGGCAGCCCCCCGCCCCGUGUCCCCAGCUCUCCCCAGGCACUGGGAGCCUCAGGAGCCACAGAGGAGGAGCCACAGUCCUGCUUUCAGCUUCCUGUUCUAGCUGCUCUGAACACUUUCACUUUAUUUACUGGGAGCCUCGCUCCUGGCUGCCUGUUAUAGCACAAACUUCCUGCUCCGUCCCCUGGCUUCUCCCUGAGUUCUCCCACCUGUCAGGGGUGAUCCCCAGACCAGCCCGGAGCCCCGAGGGGCAGGAGCCGGCGGCCACCUCCAUUCAGGAUGUUCACCGUGACCAGGGCCUUGGAAGAGACCCUUCGUCAGCACUUCAUAUACCAGAAGCUGGAGAUUGCCUAUGCCAUACACAAGCCAUUUCCCUUCUUCGAAGGCCUCCGAGACAAGUACUUCAUCACUGAGAAAAUGUACGAGGAAUCUCUGGAAGCCUGUCAGAACUUGGUCCCUGUAUCCAGAGUGGUGCACAACAUCCUCACCAAACUGGAGAGAACGUUUGACCUGUCGUUUCUGGUGGUGUUGUUCAGCCCAAUUAACCUGCGCGAAUACCCCAAUCUAAUGACUAUUCUCAGGAGCUUCAGAAGGGUUGGCGAUGCCUGCGGAGGGUGGAGCAGAGCCAUGCCAGUCCUAUCCCCAGCCCCAGCCGACCCAGCAGAAGGGAGCUCCAAUGUCCAACCUGCACACCAGGACCUGCUGCCAUGGCCGCCACUCCUACACACACUGCCCAACCGUCCGCCUUGUGCACCAAGGGUUCACCAGCCUGAGGCAUCCACACAGCAAAGCAGUGAGAUCCUGGGUGAACCGCUAAGCCCUUCUGGCCCUGCCGUGGCUCUCCCUGAAUUCAUCCAGGAAGGAAGGGUCACUCCAGUGUUCCAUGACAACUUAACAUCCAAAACAAAUGAAAAAGACUCAGAAGAGAUGCCCAGUCGUCUGCCUGGCCCUGUGCAAGGAAAGAAAAGAAAAAUAAGUGGCCGAUCAACUCCAAAAAAGAGACAUGAGGACAAAAGCUUCCCAAGAGUUUCAGAAGGGCCUGAAGAUGAAACUGUGGGUUUUCAUUCUCCUAAACUUCCUGUGACUUGUGGUGAGGCAAAGGGAGUUUUAUAUAAGGAGAAAAUGAAACAAGGACCCUCAGAGAAGUGCAUUCAGAAUGAGAAGGGAACUUGGUUCACGCCAAAAGAAUUUGAAGUGGCAGGAAACCGGGCAAAGUCAAAGAACUGGAAGCAGAGUGUGCUUUGCAGGGGACGGACCCUAGGACAGCUGCUAGAGAAAGGACUUUUGCUCUGUCCUUCAAGAGUAAGUCUCAAGGAGCAGGAGGCGAGAGACAGCGAGGCUGACAGCGACUCCGCCAUAGAGCAGGGAGUCCAGGGCACCGCGCUCGCUGGGUCCCCGGUGAGCAGCGCGCGCAAGGAAGGCGCUGAGGGCGGCGGCCCCGGUCUGGGGCGGCGGAAGGAGGCGGGCCGGGGCCGGGACCGUCCCCGGACUGGCAGCAGAGGCCUUGGCGGCUGCAUCGACAACGCUGGUGGCGGCGGCUCCCCCCGGCGGGAGGCGGUCGCUUUUCCGUCGGGGAGCUCGGGGCCGGGGCCGGGGCCCAGGGCACUCCGCGCUACGGACAGCGGGAAGAGGAUGGACUGCGCAGCCCUCCCCCCCGGAUGGAAGAGGGAGGAAGUGAUCCGAAAAUCUGGGCGCAGUGCCGGCAAAAGCGAUAUCUACUACUUCAGUCCAAGUGGCGAGAAGUUCAGAAGCAAACUCCAGUUGGCAAGGUACCUGCGAAAUACUGUGGAUCUCAGCAAUUUUAACUUCAGAACUGGAAAGAUGGAUGCCUAGUGAACUGCAAAAGACUACACAGAGACUGCGGAAUGAUCCUCUCAAUCAGAAUAAGUUUGUGUGCCCCGUUACCAUCUAACUGCUCCGCGCUGCGCAACUCAACCUGCACCAUGGCAUGU